AUGAGUCGCUCUCAAACGGAUACUAACUCAAACUUGUACGUGCUGCAAUGGCGCUGGAGCCUUCACAAGGAUGGCGAACCGAUGAGCGAUUGGCAAACAAUUAUGACUAGGAACAAAAUGUACGCUAUUUUGAAACAUCUGCUUGCUCCUGGAAGAUACUACAUGUUUCGCGUAGCAGCAGUCAGCUUGCACGGCAGCAAUGGAUUCUCAAAAAGCAGUCAGCCAUUCAAACUCUCGAAAGAGCCGCGAGCACCGGGACCUCCUCGUGACUUGUCGCUGGUUAAUUCAGAAGUGGAUGAGAGAAAUUUCUGGAAACAACGCAUUAAAUGGACUCCACCACUGUCUGAGCUACCGGUCAAAAAUUAUCUC